AUGGUGCCAGACAGCUCUUCUUCUUGCUUGAUAAUCAGAUCAAGAAUUCCGUGGCUUGAGAAGGUGAAGAAGUGCUUUGAAAAAGGGCAGUGUGACCGAGUGUCACGGAACCAUAUCCCAGUUGUCAUUGAUCAGUCCCAGCUCGACGAUGUCCUCCACGCUUCACAGGUCUCGGCUGAGAUGCUGCUGACUAAUGGCGCCGACCCUCAUCCAGAGCUCAGAUUUCCAUCAGGAUUCCAACUCCGCUGCCUCCAUGAGCGACACCGAGUUCUGGCAGCGCGAGAGGUCCUACCUCUGCAGGAGAGAUGGUGGACGGUGGAUAUUUACCUCGCAGAUAUCGACGACGAGCUCAAGAAGGCCUUGAUCGAGGAGCACUCAAACGAGCAGCCGCCGUCAGAUGGCGAGAUCUAUUGUAAGAUCCAAAAAUAUCAGCUAAAUCGGGAUCGGUACUCGGAAAUGCGAUGGUGGGCUCGUCUGUCGGCCCAUGGGACGAGGUGUCUCGAGCAGGUCUCCCGUCAUGGCGAUUUUAAAGCAGCCUUCGACGACCUGUUGGGUAUCCCCGGCCUCUGGGGCGGGAUGCGAAUUAGUACGUUGAAUAAAAUGAUGAGCAUGAGUUGUGACGACGAGGUCUUGACCUAUCUCACGCACAUCAAGGAUGUUUGGUCCCAGCUCCUCCGUCACAACAAAGAAGCGAUGCUGAUGGUUGACCAAGCCACAGUAAAGGCCGUGGAGCUCAUGGCCCCCAAGUCGUCGAAGCGGGAUGCCCAGGCGCUGCACGGCCAAUUGGUGAGCGGACAGAUAUUUUCCGGCUUUAACCUGGAGAGCCGUGAGAUCAUCUGGAGUGGUUUGCGUACCAUCAGCGGCCUAAUACCAUCCCUCUACACCUUCUUUGAGGAUCUCAAGUAUCUGGAAGCAUGCGUAGGCAGCAUGAGGCACUUAAUUAAGCCGUCUCCAAAACAGACGAUGCGCAGCGCCUUAAACAACAUUUUUUUUGGAACGGACCAACUCGUCAUCCAAGAGGCCCACUCCACAUAUUCUACACAGUUGGGGAAGAAAUCGAAGAAUUGGCAGCUUACCUAUCCCCAGUUAUGGUUGUACACUAUGCGGGACUAUCCUGAUUUGCCUGCCCCUCGGGAGGUGAAGACAAAGAAGAAGAAGAAGCUUCUAGCGAAAGCCAGGACUCCAAAUGCCAAUGAAGCUAAACUGUCUGACUUUGCAGUUCUUGCUGACAAGUUGCAGUUUAAAAGCGAUGAGAUAACGGCGUUAAUGCUACGGUCCUCGGACAGAGAGAUUGCACGUGAUGCAUUACUAAGAGCGCGAAAUCAGGAUCGCUAUGAUUACGGUGAUGGAGACAUUGAAUCUCAUAUCGACAAGAUCUUGGGAUUAUUUGCAACCGCCAGACCUCAGAAUACCGAGCGGUCGUGUCCCGUUCUCGUCAGCGACGGUCCAGACACGGCCGGCCCCCGAUGUGGGUUUCCAGACGAGGAGGCUCAUGCGAGAGAUAGAAGGUUUCUCUACAUAAGCAAUCUCCAGUCAGACCAAGAAGAGCAAGGCGAGAGCAUCACUUCGUUUUUUGUGCGUAGGUCAGUGUACUUUGCAUUCUUUGGUAGGCUGCCGAAGAUAAUCACACACUGCCGUUCUAGCCCUGCACCACCGCCCAAUGCUGGUGUGGAACGGGCAGCAUCUUCUCCAUUUCUCGAAACGCAAGUAUCAGAGGUAGAUCUCGAGACAGAUGGCGAGCGGCUCAGACAGAACACAUUAGAUGGCGAGAGACUUCACCAAGAACAAUCUGAACGGGACAGCCAGGAACGGCUGAAUGGUGAUGGAAAUGAUGCACAAGAGGCGGAUGACUCAUUCCAAGUGCCAGAGAGGGAUCAGAGGCGGGACACGCAAAUUGACAUUGAGAGAAUUAUAGCGAGGGGACUCGCCAGCAUCCCUGAAGUUACUGAGGAUCCAGCAGAACACUCUAGAGAGCAGAACCUGGACACACAGCUGCAGGUAGUGCCUCCUUCCCCUUCCAAGAUCCGCAUUGAAUUCAAAAUUCUUGAGGGAAGGGUAUUGAGGACCGAUCGAAGUCUUUUGGUGGACCCUUCUGAACCAUCCGAGGUGGACCGGAUGGCGAAAAAGUACACGAGAAAGGGAAUCAGGCCGUUUGAUACCUUAUAUAACUUGCUAGUCCCAGGACAAUGCUUCCAAGCAGUGACUAGUAAUGGGACGAAUACUGUGCUUUUGAUCAAGGACGAUGGUCUCCACAUUGAUAGCCAGCUAGUUGUGUUUAAACCGACGUCUGAUGCAGAUCCUUUUGCAGGCAGUAGGCCAAAGAGGAGUCGGCAUUGA